AGAACUUACGAUAGUAAAAAACACGAUCACAGAAUUUCAGCUUUUAACUAACACCAUGAAAAACUCUCAAACAAACCCAAAGAAAAGUUAAAAAAAAAAAACAGCAAAAUAAAUGCAACAAUUUCGCGGUGGAACAUUAUCUAAAAAAAGGGAAAAACACGCCAAAAAGAGGAGACGGCAAGAGAGACUGAGAGGAAAAUGGAAUAGUUGCAGCCACAAAGGAAAACUUCUCGAAAAUUAUUUCAGUUGCCCAAGUCGAGUGCAGUCGUGUGGAAGUGAAAACGAGAAGAAGCCAAAAAAGAGCACACAAAAAAUAAGCAACCGAACAGCCAAAGGCCAAAAAGUGUUAAAUACACUAUCCAUAAUUAGCCCUCAAAGUGAUCCAAAUAUCUGUGGUCUUGAGUCUUUCACAUUUUUGGAGUUUCCAUUGCACUUUCGCGCACUUGCAGUUCAAGAUUUAAUGAUUAUAUAAUUCUGGUGAUUAUAUAAGCCACAAAAUUUAACAAGAUUCUGCCGCAGAGUCGAAGUUUCAGUCAACAAAAGUGAAAAAGUGGAAAAGCAAAGCUCUAUUCAGAUUGCUGCUGAAAAGCCGGCAAAAUACAAAUAAUAUUUUUGCACGGGCGAAAUUUUGACAGGCGGGCAGGCAAACAACAACUACUGGGAAAAAGAGCAACCAAAAGUUCCGCAGGCAAAGAGAGUGAGGCUGAGAAAAUAGAAAAGCGGAAAAUAGGAAAAGUGAACAAACGGAGGAAGCAAAAGAGUGCCACCGGCGCGAGUGCGAAUUUAUAAAUAAAACCAGCGGCUAGGAAGAGAGAUCCGGCGUCUCUUCUUCGAAGAGUAAACAGAAAAAGCGAUGCCGGAGCCAUUGGGACUGGUCUGGUCGGUGCCGGAGACGCGGAAGAGGGCGCCCGUUAUCAAGGUAUCCUGCGGCAUCGGUGACACCGAUGGCUUCCCCGCCUUCGACGUUGACUCGGAUGCGUAUGCCUCCAAGGAUGAUACCAGAUGGGGUUUCCUCAUCACCGGCGGGGCCGAGUUCCAUAUGCCGCUAACAGUCUUCCAGGUGACCCCCGACGGUCUGGCCGACAAAGCGGGCAUUCGCCUGGGCGACAUCAUACUCGAGAUAAACGAGGAGGACGCCACGCAGCUGACACUGUCCCAGGCCCACGAGAAAAUCAACGCAACGCCCAAGAAGAUACAUUUCCUGCUGCGCAACAUGGAGGAGGAUGAUCCCAUGGGCCAGUUCGAGGCCGGCGAGGAGAAGUCGAUUGUAAUGCGGAUUCCCAAGCCUUUGCCGCCGCCAAGUGGACGGAUACGGGCCAGCUCCAUUGAGAUGCGCCUGCUGGAGAUGCAACGAAAGCUGUCGGCCAUAGCUGAAAUACCAAAAAUUCUGACCUCCACUUUGGCCACCGUCUCGCAAAGCUUUGGCAGGAUAAGCGAGUCGGAGGCGGAUGAGGAUGCGGAUGCGGAGGAGGCCUAUGUGCAGCGUAAAUUCUCAUAUGACGAGGAUGUCCUUGACUUCGAGCUUAGGGAUGAUGGAGAAGAGCCAGGUGACACAGACAGUGAUGAGGAUGAUUUGGUGCAGGUGGAAGAGGAGGAAGAUGAGGAUGUGGAUGAUGAGGAGGAUUCUGCUACUGCUGAAGGUGUCAAGCAAUCAAAGCUGCUGAAGGAUGUCACGCCGGAAUCGGAUUAUGCAUCGGAAGCCAAUUAUCCCUCAAAUGAGGCAAGCGAUGACACGGCAACCGAGGAUGAGCUGGAGGAGGCUAGCGAGGCGGUAUACUUUAUCAAACUGCCAGAGGCGUUCCCUUCCGAGGAUGAGGAUAGCGACAGCGACUUCUUGAGCACCACCUACACCUGGAAUCUGCGCAAUGUGCCCAAGGUGCGCAUUAACGAUGCCGAGGCCGAGGGCGAACUGACACUGGGCCACCAAAGGAAGGAGCUGCUGGAGCAGGAGCUGAAGCAAGGCCAGGAGAAAAAGCGGGAGCAGCAGGAGGAACAAUCAAAGGUGCGCCCUGCCACGCCCACUCCGCAGGCCCCAUCCCAGGACUCCGCCGAAGGACAGACACAAAAGUUGCUCUUUAGACUGGAUAAGCUGGAACGAUCCUGGCCCUGGGCGGACCGUGAAAAAAUCAUCUACAAACAAUCCACGUGUCAUCUAGUGCCCCGCAAGCCACUGGGAUUGGUGGGACAGCGAAUGCAGCUGCUGCUCAAGGACAGAAAGGAGUAAGCUGCGAAGAGGCAAAGUCAGAGGAGAGCCAUGUUAAACAGUUCCUGCCAGUAGCUUAAGUCUAACCUCAGAGGGCUGGGAGUGACGAAGUAUCCAACUUUUAAUUGAGUUCAUUAUGCAAAUACACAGGCGACAACAGCAGCCUCAACUCUGGCAGCACUUCAAUUAAAAGCCGCACACCAGGGUGUAUGCGAAACUCUAUUCAAACACUCAUUCACACUCACACACACCCUUUUGGGUUUGGUAAAAUUUUUAAUUAAAGUGCACUCUCGAAUGCCAAACAAAAAAAUCACUGCCAAAGCCAGGCGGCCACCCGUAACCAGAGUCAAAAUCAAGACGAAACCCAAGCCAAAAGUAGAACAACUUGGCCAACAGUUCCCCAACUCCAAAAGGCACUCGCAACUUGGCCAGGUUAUGCAUUAUUUGUGACCUACCGCACCAUAAAUUUCAGUUGAAGGCCAACGCAAUGCACUUAUCCCCUUAACAUCAGAAUGUGCGAGUCACGCAAAAUACACCAGCACAGGCCAUUACGAUAGUGAAAACCAUUUCUUUAAACCUUAAACACAUUUUUUAUAGCUUUUUGUACUCUUUUAAUUUGAUUGAUUGGUAUAAUUGUUUCUUAUUAAUAUUUUCAAUUUUACCUAAUUUUAUGAUCAAUCAAGUUCCUCUUUCAUAUAUUACUGUCAUAUUUCUCUUGCUUUAAAUUUGAUCAAAUUCGAAAGGAAAAGCUCGUUCAAAGGAUUAACUUACUA